AUGUGCCCCCACAUUCAAAAGCCAGGUCCGUCCCGUCACCAAAGUGGAAGUGUCUCCCUGACCUUCCAGCGAAUUCCGCUGGACAACAGGCACAUUCGAAAAGGCACCAUCGCCUUCGUCCCCCGUUUCAUUCUCCAUUUCUCGUCCAUCAUGGCUGCCUCCAAGACCCAUUCGUAUCGCUCCAUCAACUACGCGACCCUCACGGACGAUCAGAUCGUGGCGCUCACCAAGCCCGACGGCAAACUGAACUAUUUCAACUGCGUCGUAUGUCCGUUUGCGCAGCGCGCGUUGUGGGCGGCGUUGGAGGUGCAGGCCCCCAUCGACACCGUCAUCGAACUCAACGUGUUCAACCUUCCCCCGUCCUACAGCCAACUCGUGAACCGUUACGGGAACGUGCCGCAUCUCAUUCACGAUGGCACCCAUGUGUACGACUCGGCCCUCAUCGUCAACUACUUGGACGUAACAUUUGGCCGUGGUAAGCUGGGGCGUCGAGACACGCCCAAACUCGCAGCGUUGACCGACCUCCUCACACUCAAGACUUCAUACGUUCCAUUGUACAACUACCUCAGUCAUCAAAACGAGACCGACGCACCCGUUCGUGCCCUCUUGUCGGAGCUGGAGACGAUCUACCGAGACCACGCCAAGGCCCAUCGCGCGAACGGUCCGUUCCUUCUCGGCGCCAACGUGAGCACUGGCGACAUCAACCUCAUUCCGUGGCUCUUUCGCUUUGAAAUUCUCCUCGCCCAUUACAAAGCGUACACGUUGCUGCCUGAAAAGGACUUUCCACUGCUCAAGGCUGCGUUGGAGGCGGCCAAAGCCCUCCCUACGUUUCAACAAACGGUCAAAGACUCUUCGAUUUACAUCCAAGCCUACUCCGUGGUGGCGAACCAAGCUUCGUAG